CUGUGCGGUGCGCGAGACCGGCUCAUUACUCGAACAGGCAACAGAUUCCUCUCCUGGAUUUUCCAACCGGAUCUCAGAUGAACUUCGACUCUUCAUCCAAGGAGAGAAAAAGUCCCGUUCUUGAGGAAGCAGCCUUUAACGGAAGAAGCGCUCGUGGCGACUGACCCGUGCCGGCUGAGACGAUCUGCACGCGCAGACAAUAGUGCGAGCGACUAGAUCACAACAAAAGACAGAAGAUGACGGAGGGCCGUCUGUGCCAGGUUCACCUCCUCGAUGGCAGGAAGCUGGAGCUGUUGGUUCAGCCUAAGCUGUUGGCCCGUGAACUGCUAGAUCUAGUGGCCUCACAUUUUAUCCUGAAGGAAAAAGAAUAUUUUGGAUUGUGCUUUAUAGAUGACACUGGCCAGAAAAACUGGCUUCACCUGGAUCAUAAAGUCCUUGAUCAUGACUUCUCCAAGAGCUCAGGCCCUCUGGAAGUCCAGUUCCUUGUGAGGUUUUAUAUUGAGAAGAUCACCUUCUUGAAAGAGAGUACAACAGUGGAACUGUUCUUCCUAAACGCUAAAUCUUUAGUGUUCAAUGAGACCAUCGAAGUGGAGAGCGAAAAUGUUUUCAAGUUAGCGGCAUUCGCAUUGCAGGAGGCCAAAGGAGAUUAUACCAGCACUGACACCGCCACAUCAGACCUGAAGCAGCUACCAGUUCUGCCCACCAGAGUUCUGAGGGAGCAUCCAUCUCUUAACUACUGUGAGGACAGAGUGGUUGAACAUUACAAGAAACUGAAGGGACUGACCAGAGGACAGGCCAUUGUACGGUAUCUGGCACUGGUGGAAUCGCUGCCCACAUAUGGAGUCCAUUAUUACCCAGUGAAGGACAAGCAAGGAAUACCGUGGUGGCUGGGAGUCAGCUAUAAGGGCAUCGGCCAGUACGAUUUGCAGGAUAAGCUGAAACCCAGAAAGUUGUUUCAGUGGAAGCAGCUGGAAAAUUUGUACUUCCGGGAGAAGAAAUUUGCAGUGGAAGUGAACGACCCGCACAGGAGGACAGUGACCAAGCGGACGUUCGGACAGACUGGCCUGGUUAUCCACUCGUGGUAUGCCAGCCACUCUCUGAUUAAAACCAUCUGGGUGAUGGCCAUUAGUCAGCACCAGUUCUACCUGGACUCAAAGCAAAGCAAAUCAAAGAUGACCUCAACCAGGAGCUCAGCAGACAUUGCCAUGGACCUCACAGAGAUCUGUGUCCCGCGGAUCAGUAAACUCUCCAAUGUGGAUGGCAAAGAUCCCCUCAUAAUGGCCAGCAAUGGAAGCCUCGUCUCAGCUGGUUCUGCUGACUCUGAAGUCAGCGAGGAGCAGAAAAAAGAGAAGAUGGCUGAAUUAAAAAAGAAGGAAAAGGACCUUAAAGAUACACUGACACAGAAACUAGAAGAACUGAAAAAGAUCUGCAUGAGGGAAGCUGAGCUUACAGGCAGGUUGCCGAAAGAGUAUCCCCUGGCCACAGGUGAGAAGGCCCCUCAGGUACGGCGCCGCGUUGGGACGGCUUUCAGACUGGAUGACCUUUUCCCUUAUGAUGAGGACCCACAUCUUAGGAAUCUGGAGAGCAGGUUUGCCUUGCAGCAGAAAAUUGUGGAGGCGGCCAUGAAGCUAGCCAACGAGGACGACCUCUGCAAGACAGUGAAGAGGAAACGGAGAAACAACUACCAGGAUGCAAUGAGGAAACUGGAGGAGAUUGAAAAGGAGAUAAACACCUAUAGGAUCAGAAAGGGAAGGAUGCCCACUCAGAGAGCCUCACUGAUCUUAGCAGAUGAUGGCAACCCUUCAGACCUUAGCUCUCUGUCAGACAGCCUCACUCUGGAUGAUGAUGACGAACUGGGUUCCCAAAGGCAGCGGUCUAGAUCAGUCCAGUACUCCCCACGGCCGCACCACGCAGACACACUGGACACCCACUACAACAAAGACAGACGCUCAUCUGCUAACGACCAGCUCACAGACAACAGAUUAAAUUACGGUGAGGAAUCAGUCCACUACAGUCACAGUGAUGCCUUAUCGAGCUGCAGCAGCUCGUUUAAACCGGCUUCCAGAAAGCCACGUGACACUCGCAGCAUGCCCCCCACUCCCCUCCUCACCCGCAACGCCUACAGCAGCACACAGCUAAGAUCGGAGGACGCUCCGCAGCAUUUCCGUCAGCGUAGCGGCAGCCUAGAGUCCCAGUCUCACCUCAUGAUAGAUGCCAAACCACCCAUACCAACAGUCACCGUCUCCCCCGCCAGACGCAGCAACAGCACCGAGGUCCUUGAUGAUGGCUCCUCCUACACAAGCCAGUCCAGCGUGGAGUACAGCGUUCCAGGCAACCACGGCCACCGACUGCGAGCUCGCGGCCGCCACAGAAAAGACAUUUACGCAAACACUGGCAGCAUGCCCAAUCUGGCUCAGCCGGACACACGCUGCUAUGCCUACCAGCCUCGGGCACGACCCACCACAACAGCCUAUUAUGUCACCGGCUACACCAGCUGUGGGGAGCCAGAGCCGUACCCCAAUGGAGCGUACAUGUACGAAAACGAAAUGGAAGGACACUAUAAUGUCAACCCUUCCUACCCCCACACACAAGCAGCUUACCACGACAUGCACGGCCACUACGCUUCCGACGAGAUGGAUGGUUUUUCCCAGAAUCCAUACGCCACCCUGCGGCCACCCAGAAACCGUCUGACACACCGCAGCACCGAGCAGGUCAGCAAGAACAUCCAGAGGGCGCUGGUGGCCGAGCACCUGAAAGGCUGGUACCAACGCAACACCGCACCGAAACAACCAACCUACAACUACGACUAUGACCGAGGCUCCCAGCAACAGCUGGGUUAUCAGAGCAUGCAUCCACCAUACAGCAACAGCAGCAGGACUGUUUCCUACUCAUCAGUGUCCGCAGCCUCUUCCAGUGGAAACUGGCACACCCUCAUGAGUGGUCGUGGUAUGUCAGAAUACGACAUGCCGGCUCACGAGUUGCACUCCUACUCUUACAGUGCAGUCGCAUACAACCGCUCCACCCACAACAGAUACGGCACCACCCAGCUCUUAAAGGGCUCCUGGCACAGCCCUGAUGGCCAGAGGCGCUGUACAUUUUUCUCUGCUAGUUCUUCCCCUUCCACUUCCUCCCUGCCCUCCUCCUCCUCCUCGUCCUCCCACUCCCCUGGCUGUCGAGUCAGGCAGGUGGCCGGCAGCCCUGCUCAGCCGAAAUCCUCCAAAGGGCACAGGCUCAGUCAGGUAGCUCAUAAUCUUUCAUAGAUGUAAACCAAAUGGACCCGCAUACCGCCAACCAAACACACGCCAACAUGGACCCGGAUGACCGGAUCUACUGGCACGAAGACUCAAAACCAGGAACAAUAGUGUAGCUGCCCGUCAUUGUGCCUUAGAGACUGAACCGACCUGCUCUUACCUGUUGAAGCAGACACGGACAAUGAAGGAAGUUCUUUGGAAUUCAGCUUGUUCAACAUAUGAAGUACACUCAUUUUCACUUCCUCUGAAUGCAGGAGGACCUGCAUUUGAAUUCUAAAGAUGUCAGAUGAGUGUCAUAACUGAGGCGAUAUCACUGCAGCCUAACCCGGCCCCUGGACCUCCAGCGUUGCCUGGAGAGGUGCCAACUGGACAAACCCAGGACUGACUCUGUAAAAGGGAAAUUGAGGGUUAAUGAACAGGAGUGGGCGACCGUGUUGUUAACAUGAAGGGACUGAACUCAUUAAAAUGAGUAAAAAUCUCCUUCCUGGAUCCAGUUUUAUCACAGCGUUGCUUUAAACACCCUGUUCACUUCCUGUACUGCUAUUUCUCACUAAGUACUUCAUCCUCCCGUCUGACAGUACUUACCAAAUAAGUUGCACCAUCUGAGUAUUAACCCAAGUCACCAGUUUGAUAUAAAACUGCCUCUACAUGUUAGUUUUAACAUGGUAAUCUCAUCCAUGCUGGAAAUCAUGGGCUGGUGCUCCUCAUUUCUCUUUAGAGAAUGAGCCUGUAUGUAUGUGUUGCUAUUGUAAAUACACUGGUUUUAUCUUUUUUAGAGCAUUUUAAUGUAUUUGAAAAGCAUGUAAUAUAUAGUCUAUGAUAAUUGUUAAGCUGGUUCUUAGUAAUUUGUAUAAUUGCAUUUGUUUGGAUUAAAAGAAAGAAAAUCAGCGUUUUAAUCAGUA